AUGGCCGAUUUAGAUAAUUUUUUUGCAAAGAAAGACCGCAAGAAAACCAAAGGCCAAAAAUUCGCCACCUCCUCGGAUAAUAUGGCUACCGGACAGGAAGAGUUACAGAAAAAACAAGACAAACAGAAAAAGGAAAGAUCUGAAAGGUCGCUUACAAUUCAAAAUAAUUAUGCGACUGAAACAGACAACAAAGCUUCUGCCAAGAAGCUGGAGGAAGAAUGGAAUGAAUACCAAGAAGAAAUAAAAGACUAUACAACACUUAAAAUGCAAAAUUUGACAGCUGACUGUCCUUCUAACUUUACGGAUAACAAUGAAAAAGAUGAUGAAAUAGAAUUUGAAGAAAACGAGGCGGGAGAAAUGGUGCCAAAACGAAAAAAUGCAGGACCUUGGAAAGUAAACGAACCUGAACAACCUCCUCCACCACCAAAAGCUGUUGCUCCUCCAGUAGUUGCUGAAGUACAGAAAAAAGUGUACGUUCCACCAGCUCAGCGUAACAAUUUUCAAGGUGGACAUAGAAGCACGCCAAGAAGUAAAACUAGCUUAGAUGUUAAAAAUGAAGAAAUGUUUCCAACUCUUCAAGGCAAUAAUAAUCCUAAAAGAACUGUAGCGCCUGCUGCUAGAAAAGUUGAAACUCCAGCAUGGGCCAAGUAUCAAUGA